UUCAAAGCAGGAGCAACAGAUUGCCCCUCAGUUGUGAUUGUUCCUGCAGCUGAAGCUCGGGAAUCGGAAAAGCAGCAGCAGAGCAGCAGCUCCUGCAGCGGCCGUCUCCCGGGGGUUUGAAGUCAGGGUCUCUCUCCUCUGCUGUGCCGGUGCACGAGGAAACGCCAACGAGAAGCUUUGAUUCAGUCUGAGAGCAACACGUUUUCGAGGAGGGCGUCAACAUCACCUCUACCACCAGCAGCGUCUCCUCCCAUCCUCCCUCUUUCCUCAGGAUCUGAAGAGCGACCAGAGCACUCAGAGGUGGAGGACGAGGGAGUGACAUGCAGAGUUCCGGGAGUUUUGCCGUGAAACCCAAAAAGACGAGAUAAGGUUUUUUAUCGGCGUAAAGACGGAGGUAAGAUUCAGACGUCAGGAAGUCCAUCAGACUUCUGAGGAAGAGGAGGAGGAGGAGGAGGAGGAGGAAGAGGAUGCGCACCAGCACCUGCCUGAGAACGGAAGCAAAACAAGAAUCCACAAACUAGAGACGGGAUGACAGCAGGAGGGAGAUAUCACUCUGCUACACAAAGCCAGAGAUACAUAUCCAGUUGAAAACGCUGUGAACCAAACAGAAACACAUCUUGGUGCCUGGUUUUAUUUUCUAGGAUGAUUCUGCACCAGUGGAAAUUACAUCUCAUCUGAUGCAUCAACAUCCACAUCGCUCUUUGACCUCAACUUUUCCCGCGAGAACGCUUUUGCGCCGAUUCCGGUCGGUGUGAGAAUCUUUGGGGGUUUUUCUUGCGCCACUCUUGUUUUCGGGGUGAGGUGGAUCUGCCGUUGGGGGCAGCUGACAGACAUCCAAGACGCCGCGCGCCGUACUCCGCGUGAAGAAUGCCCAGCCGCGCUUGGCCAAGCCGGCCGACCCGGGCCCGACGCCGGGCCUCUACAUGGAGCGGUCGCAGAGCCGCAUCAGCCUGUCGGCGUCCUUCGAGGCCCUCGCCAUCUACUUCCCCUGCAUGAACUCCUUCGACGAGGAUGAUGGGGUGGACACGGAUGGCAGGAAGUUGAAGGGAGGCAUCCAGAGGAGCACAGAGACGGGUCUGGCUGUGGAGAUGCCGAGUCGGACGGUCCGUCAGGCCAGCCACGAGUCCAUAGAGGACAGCAUGAACAGCUACGGCUCCGAGGGCAACCUGAACUACAGCGGCAUGUGUCUGGCGUCUGAUGCUCAGUUCAGUGACUUCCUGGAUGGGAUGGGACCCGCCCAGUUCGUUGGGCGACAGACGCUGGCGACCAACUCCAUGGGCGAUGUAGAGAUCGGCCUGAUGGAGAGGAACGGAGGUCUGGAGGUGGAGGUCGUCCAGGCCAGAGGACUCACCAUGAAACCGGGCUCGAAGGGACCUCCAGCGGCCUACAUCAAAGUUUACCUCCUGGAGAACGGCAGCUGCGUGGCCAAGAAGAAGACCAAGUCGGUGAGGAAGAGUCUGGAUCCGCUCUACAACCAGGUCCUGGUCUUCUCUGAGAGCCCACAGGGGAAGGUGGUGCAGGUGAUCGUUUGGGGAAACUAUGGACGAAUGGACCGCAAAUGCUUCAUGGGCGUAGCUCGAAUCCUAUUGGAGGAGCUGGACCUGAGCACGAUGGUGAUUGGCUGGUACAAGCUCUUCCCUCCCUCCUCCAUGGUGGACCCGACAAUGGCGCCACUUAUUCGCCACUCGUCCCAGAUGUCCCUGGAGAGCACCAUCGGGCCGUGUUGCGAGCGAUCCUAAGACUCACGCAGAGAUGUUUAUUUUUUGUUGUUGCGAGAUGCUCACAUUUUUUAAAACAGCCUGUCGACCUGCUCCAGGGUGGACCAGGGGGGAACUGCCCCUGGGGCGGGUAGUUGCUCAGUAUCUUACACAACAGCACUUCGACAAGUCCAACCACACCAGGGAAUGAAUCACUCCCCUCAUCUGGAAAUUAUUUUACAAAUCAGUUGGUAAUCCUGGCGCUCCCUGGAAACGCACUGUAUUUCUUUUGAUAUCGUGUCAGCCUGUUUUCCAGAGACUCGUGGGAGGCACAUUUCUUUUGUUGUUGCAACAGAUCGCCCCUCAGACUUACAAGAACUUUUUUGCUCUCCUCAGAUCUCGUUGAGGAAAAAACUAAAAAACACCACUUAAUGAGAAAACUUCAAAGGGGGGGGGGGGGGGGGGGGCUCUCAAUUGCCGACAUCGAUCACAUCCUGUUGGGACCACGAUACACCGCGGGCUCGGCUUUGCUUCAGCUACGCGCCUUCUUCACAGCUACCUUUGAUUCUCACUCCCAGGACUGCUUGUUGUCUUUCAGUGUCCUCAUGAAGGGGCUGAAGGUGGCCCCCUGAGUGUUUUUCUGUCCCUCCACCAGACUGGGAAGAGUGGGAAACUGUCCUCAGACAGUUUGAGACAGAAGCCUCCCAGUUUGCAGGAGCAUGGGGUCAACCGGUUGUACGUGAAUGCAUCUGCGCGCCGCAGGACUUAAGAAGACUUCCAGAGAAGGACAAGACUCAUUUGUUGUUAGCAGCUGAGACAUCUUGGUUUCGAACACAUUGACUUGAGCAGUUUUUCGUAUGUUCUCUGUCACACAUUCGGCCCCUUCGGUGUUCUGCUGGUUUUCUAUCCUCCCAGUUUGUUAGCACUGUAGAAGCAAUGCUGUUUACCUGCACUGCCAGCUGUUGAAUUAGUUCCUGGGUGGAUCUGUUCAGUUCACAGGCAAGUUCUGAGUUCCCAAAGACCAUGUGCCAUCAUGCUCGAAGGGCCUGUACAUUUUCAUUGCAGCCGAUGAAGACAUUAGCUGAUUUAAGUGAUUAUAGUCAUUUUGGGGGGCAGGGCACUUUGAAAGGCUCAUUUAUGCUCAACAUUAGAUAUGGAACCAAAUGGAGCCGUCUUACGAACACAGAAGAAACAGACUAAACAGAGCAGCACCACCAGAAAAACAUACGGUUGUGAUGCAUUGUUUAAGAUGGAUUCAUCUCUUGUCCUAUGUCAAUGCAGCAACAAUCAGCCUUAAGCCAAAUCAGUAAGUUUUACGUUUGGUAGGAAUGAAAACGACUCUGUUUGAGCCAAAAGGAAUUGAUUGAAAUUCGUAUAAAUAUAAAAAACCCAGAACCUUUUUUCUCACAUGUGCAUCGGUGCAUAUCAACAGAAGGCCGACAUGCAAACGCUGUAACUUCAAAUAUCAGGUGUUGCAUCUUGAAUUUGCCUGAAUCUUCUGCAUUUAAAAUAGUAUUUGACGGGAAUUACAAUUCUAAGAUCUUACCUCAGAAAUGUGUGAAUAUCUGGUCUUUAAACAGUCUUGAACCAGCCAGGUUUCAAUUGGCUCUGCUGAACUCCACUCGGUUGUGCAGGUUACAUCAAAUGCGGGGCGGGGGGGGGGGGGGGGGGGGGGUAUGGUACCCAUGUAGCAGCACUGACACGUGACAUCACAGCUGCUUCCAAAAGCAUGGGGUUGAGGGGGGUAGUGGCUUGUGGCGGACAGUGUAGGGCUGAAAUCUUGCUGUAUAUCCCAGUUAAAUUGUAGUAUUGAAACGCUUUUCAAUUAUCUGCAGCUCUAGAAGUAGAUUUUUAACAUUCCUCCUCCCUCUUUCAACCCAAAAAAAAGGCUUUGGCUAACUAUUAUUACAAAAAACAGGUUCUGCUGUGCCAAUCUCAACCAGCAAGUGUCUUCUUCGUCCUUCCUCCUCCUCAGUUACCUAAUGGCAUGUGCCAUCCUGAGGAGGGAACAGCAACAACCACGUGACCGCAGCGUUCAGAGCUGUGCGGAGAAGCAGCCUCUUUUAUUCUAAAUUACAGCCCUAAUCCUCAGGCACCCGGUGAUUAACCAUGGUACGACUCAGAGUGGAGCGAGGGGAAAGAGAGGGAGGCAGAGGAAGCAUGAAAUGUUCUUUGCAUCAUCCGAACAAAGGAUCUGUCUGGACCCAUGUCAGGUUUCACCGAUUUCAGAAACAAGGACACACAAAUAGGAAUUUAAAGGGAACAUAACGUGCACAACGUAGAGACAUUUAUAGUUUGUUGAAUAACAGUGUGUAUUUAAUUUGGCGACUUUAUGAUUCAUUUUUUUUACAAGUGAAUUCUAUGGUUGUUAGAGUCCUUUGGAGUGAGCCAAAGUUAAUCUAUAAGGAUUUAGUUGACCUAUGUUUAACCUCGGAGGGAGGGAAAGGAUAGCCUUACUAGUUAACCGUACGAUUGUAGCAUUAGCUGUUAGCAUCCGCAUGCCUGAUAAUACAUCUAAUUAAUUAGCAGACAAACUGAUAAGGCUAAGCACGAGCUAAACGCUACACGGAAAGAGGAGAAACUAAUUUAUGUACUUUGGGUUUAGAACCAAUGCAAAUGAAGGAAAACAUAGAUAUGUAGCAAGUUAAAAGAGAUUUUUUACAGAUUUGUCUGAAUUUAGUUUUUGGCUUAUUUUCCUUUCACAGACAUAAAGUGAAAGAUGUAAUGGAGGUAGAAAACAAGAAAAAACAAUAAUAUUUGCUAAGCACUUUCUGUGUUUUAACUUCAAGGCAAUAUUUCAGAUGAAAGUUUCUCUCACACUCAUCGACUGACAUCGGAAUCAAACCAUCCCAUAGAGUAUUUUACUCUGUUUUGAAAGUAUCAGCGUUGCAGGGAUGUUAAAUCUAUUUCAAGACAAAUUAGCUACAUUCUGUAAAGCAAUAAUCACAACAACAUCCAUUCAUCACUGUUUUUUAGUUGCUAUGUACAAACUGUGGAAAAUGAGAAGCCAGUGGGUUUCAGAGCAGUGAGAAUUAAAAAGACAAAUUAAGUUAUGUGGCAAACGUCCUGUCGGCAAUAUGAUUUAAAGGAGACAUAUUCUUCUCAUAUUGGGUUGAUGAUUUUAUUAAAUUAAAAAAAAUGUCAUGCUCUAACAGUCCAUCGCUGCAGCUCCUCUUUUCAGCCUCUGUCUGAAACACUUGGUUUUAGCUCCUGUCUCUUUAAGGGUCCGCCUCCUGACUGAGCCCAGUCUGCUCCGAUUGGCCAGCCAGUGGUCCUCUCUGUUGUGAUUGGUCAACCUCUCGAUCAGCACAUGUAGGAAAUGUUUGGCUCCAUUCUCUCUUUACCUGAUUUCGUCAGAGUAGCCAUGAGGCGUAUUUUAUGCAACUAUGGUGGAUCACAAGUAUCGUCCAGACUUCUGACUGAGGUGUUUCAGCAGCUUCAGCGUUUUCUGUGGAGGAGACGAGCUCCCUUCUCCCUUAUGUUAAAUAAACAACCUUCAUAAUACACUGGAGGGAAGAAGAACUGAAAAAGCAUCUGUCUCCUUUAAAACAUCUCAAAGAUCUGAUCGCAGGAAACUAUAAAAAAACACUUUUUCAAGGUUUGUCAUUUGUUCUCUGUAACUCGUUUGAGCGAGAGCGUCGCUUGGUGUGAGGAUCUCUGUGAACAUCAUCAUAAGCUAAAAUGUAAUUCCCUUAUUCAACAUGAGAAUUUCAGAUUUAAAAAAAUGCAGGAUCAUUUUUCACAAGUCAAAUUAAAUUGGAGAAGCAUGGAUUUUAAUGUAGCGACUGCCGGGUUGCGAGAACAAGAAGGGUUUUUAAUAAAAGAGAAUGAAUUAAAAAUGAUAUUAGAAGAGUUAAUACUCUUGAGUUAAAACUCAAAUAUAUUUGAAAAAUCAAUCAAUGUCCUUGACUGUGACUUGAGGAAUGUCGUUAUUUUUUGUCUGUGUUCUUUUGUGCCAAAAGUCAAACAUAUUUCGAGGGCUGAUUUCCAAAUCGAGGACCGAUCAAAGAGGAACGAUUACACAAGUGGCAUUAAAUUCUCACUAAAAUGGCUUCAACGGCUUCUUGUUCACUUGUCUGAGUUCGUUCGAGCCAUUUUGUGUAAAUGCAAACGACGAUCAGCACCUAAAUGUACAUUUUUCUUUUUUGUUUUUGCAUUCCCCGGUAUUCUGAUUGUAUCUGCCACAUGGAUGUUCAUGAUGUAUCCACUACUAACAAUUGUAAUGUAAGUAGAGGCCUUAAACACAUGGAUUUACAUUUUGUCAGGGCUAAAGACUAAGAAAUGUCACGUCAAGGGAAAGGAAACCAAGCAAAAAAAAACAUCACUAAAAGUAUUUCAAGUGUCAUCGAUGGAGACGAUUAACUUUGCGAAUGUUCUUAAUGAAUUUCUGACACGCAGGUAUUUCAACGAUUGUGUAUUAUUCUCCCUCCGUGUCGUGUAAACCAUCUGAGCAAAAAAUAUAUAUAAUAUAUACAAAGGAAAAAAGGUUUUGAAGACUUAUUUUCUAAACUUAGAAAAAUGAUUCUACUGUUUCUUUAUUGAUGUUUAAAUGCUCAUUAUGGUGUCAUGUGGUUUCAAUCAAGUAGAGUACAUCUGAAAAAAAAAAGGUUCUGUCAGGGUCGUUUUCAGACCUCACUGGCUUUUAGGUCGUCAUUCUGCAAAAACAGACAUUUUCGCUCACUUCCUUUAAGAUAUAUAGAGGAAACAGUUGGUUUAUACACAAACGUUAUCAUAGAUAAUAACUUUAAGCAGCAACUGACAAGUAUUUCCCUAAAAUGUUCCAAUACCAUUCACCUUUACUGGCUCAUUUACAUGAUUCGUAUUAGAGACGCUUCACAAAUACAUUUUCCUGAACUGUACAUUUAAGAGCGUCUGUGCAGCAGCGUGUUAAGACCCAAAGAAACACAAAGAAACACA